CGAACACGAGGAACCGGAAGUAGGGGAGACUUUACACAAUAUCUUAAGAAAUGCUUACAAAUCCAUUGGAGACUUCGACGCUUUACCAGGCUGUGGAAUUUCAUUUCUCCUUCAACCGAAAUACCGAGUGGAACAUUACAAAGAACAGGGCAAGUUUGACCAAGUCAUUCAAUUCUAUGCCAACGCGGCUACAUCUCUUGGUUCGUCCUCUAAAGAAUUGAUGGAUAGCUUCAAGAACAGCAGCUUGUACCAGAUUCCCGUAAUUUGUUCUAAAUUAGGCGAGCCCGAAUAUGAGUGUUUAUGGAGGUUGGGGCAAUGGAUUUUCGAGGAGAAAAAACGAAAUUUGAACAAGACUACGAUAGUUCAUGAAGAUUUUGAGAAAUACAGGAAGAACGAUUUUCAAUAUUUAGAGCCGAUUUUUACACAGCGCUUGGUUAUGCUGAGGGAUUACCUACAAAAAGAGACAAACGACGACGAUAUUAGGCAAUAUGUGAUUGAUUUGAGCUUGGACUUUGCAAAUCGGGCCAAAGACGAAGGGCACUUCAAAGAAAGUUCAACAAUUUUGGAAAAUUUGAAAGGAAUUGCUGGAUUAAAUAGCGAAACUCUGAGCAAAAUUGAUCUGGUGGACGUUCAGUUGUCGUGGUCAGUCAACAACACACUUGUCGCUAGACAGAUACUUAAUCGGUUGUGCAAAAGCGACCAAAUAAGUCCCAGAUUAAAAGCUACCGCUUUGAAGUUGACAGGCCAGUACUUGAGUGAAACCAACGCAGAAAAUAGCUCCACUAUCAUCUCAGAUUAUUUUCUCGCCUCGAUUCAACAGAUGGGAACCUUCAGAAGCGAUGUUGAAGACAGGAAAAAUGUUAUGGAUACGUAUGAUAAACUAGCUCUCUUUGCCGAUCGAGAAUAUGUUCAGAUAAUGACGUACACGAAAUCCGAUUUAUUUCAAAAGAAGAUCUCCAAUAUGGAACAAUCUAAAAAAGCAGCUUCGAGUAUUCACAAACAAAGAAAGAAAACGUACGAAGAAGCUAAAGCUGCCGCAGUUCAUAAUCGAAAUAGUAGUAUAGACGAACAGGAAAUAGAAAGCACCAAAAUGGAAUGUAACCAGUUUUUGAAAUUAGCCCUAAAAUAUUAUCUUCUUUGUCUGGUACACAGCGACGACAAAGAUAUCCGAAUAUUCAGAAUAAUGUCUCUGUUCUUGGAAAACAGAAAAAAUGGCGAAAUUAACGACACCAUAAAAGCCCACCUACCCUCUUUACCGAGUUAUAAGUAUAUCGUUAUGCUGCCUCAAUUAAUACCCCAUUUGUCAACAGACAACGAAAUUGACAUCUUUAAUAGGUACGUCUCCGCAAUUAUAGAGAAAUGUGCUAUGGAACACCCUCACCAUACAUUGCCUUUGUUGCUCUCUUUGGCUAAUGCACAUAAAGACCGAGAAUUUGAUGAAGUGCCUACUAAGACGUCUAGCAACGAUGCUAGAAUUGCUACAGCAAAAGAACUUAUCAAAAAGUUACGAAGCAACGGGUUAUCACAAUCAAUAGAUAGAUUAAACCAAGUCUCAAUGGCUCUGAUUAAAUUGGCAUAUUUCAAGCAUCCAGAUGGAAGUACAGAUACAAAGAAAGAAUAUGACAUACCGAGAAGUCAAAGUAUUACCAAAAUCGAAAAUUUUGUCGACGUUUUGGUACCUACUUAUCAACUCCCAGUUAGCGUUAAUAAAGAUUACUCCAAUAUCGUAGUUCUUGAAAUUUCUUUGACAGAUUUAUUUUUGUUAACAGGUAUCGCGUUUGAGCAAGGUCGAGUUUUACCUACACCAGAAACUGUUCCGUUUAGAUUAACAAGAGAUAUGGUUGAUGCAAUGGGAGCAUCUGGAGUGGAAGGAAUAUUUAAAAAAUCAUGUGAAAGAACUAUGGAAGUUUUACGUCAGAACGCUCAAACUAUCAACACAAUUUUAGAAGUAUUACUCUAUGAUCCACUGUAUGCAUGGACUGUUACUUCUGCAGAAGCGAACAAACGUCAAACUGAAGAGGAAGACUCGGUUAAUACUGAAUCUACAGAGUCUCCAGAAGUGCCACAUAAUGUGUCAGCUGAGAGGGCUCUACUCCGUCUUCGUGAGAAACUUCAGGGUACAGAGCUGGGCCAUCCGAGAAGUAUAGAACAUCAAGUAGGUGCUUUGAUACAACAAGCGGUGGAUCCUGCGAAUUUAUGUAAACUCUACCAUGGCUGGCAACCUUAUAUAUAA